AACAUGGCUUUAAUGGAGAAAAAGCAAGCAUGGGAUUAAAAAUGGAAACAACUUGUUAGUUCAGACAAUCAGACUUAUGUGCAUGUGCCUGUGAAGGGAAAAUCCUUUGCUUCCCUAGCUCUUCAUAGAUGUGCAUGCAUCCAAACUGCAAGGCAUAUUUUCACUUUGCUUGCUUCUGAGUUUUCUGUUCAUGACCCAAAUUUGAUAUAAGCAGCAUCGAUCACAUUGAAAAACCAGGAAAUAUAUUCUGUCAUAGAAUCAGCAACAGAGAUCAGGUUGUGAAGAACAACGAAUGCUUCAAUGAAGCAGAGGAGAUAAGAAAAAGUUGGUUCCUGCUUCUUCUUCUACAUAUUGUCAAUAUCGGCAAAAUCUUGGAAAGAAUUAGUGAAAAGUCUGUUGGAAGUGAGAUUUUCUGGCACAGGAUCAAGCAUAAACCAGCAGCAAGGAUCAGAUCCCAUUAAAGAAAAAAGCCUUCAUUUCAACAAGCAGAGUUUUUAGAAACUCCGAGUGAUUAAUUACUUUUUGUAGAUAAUAAGGGGAAAUAGUGGUCAAGAAGGCAGUUUCCGGGGGAAAUUGGUAUGGAUUAUGCUCCACAAGAGAGUGAGUUUGCAACUGCGGUUGCAGCAGCUGCAUUUGCCAUUCACUCAAUGGAACAAGCUGAAUUGCAGUAUCAAAAAGAGAGGAGGGAAAGCCUUGAAAUCACAAGGACCAAAACUUUGCAGGAUCACAUGAAUGGGAGACCGAGUUCUAGUGCAGCAACUCGGCGAUUAUCAAACAAAGGAGCAAAUAAUGGUGGUGGAGCUUCAAUGAAAAGGCCAAUGGGGCAGGACCAAAAAACAUUGGACUUAGAGAAAGCUUUUCCAUCCAGGUAUCCAAAUCGUGGAAACUCUAUAAGGCCUCCAACUCCUGCAGACGGAAAUCAAAACCGAAAGGGAAAUUCAAGAGGACAUGGUAAUGCAGUGGAAACCAAAGCAGAUGCUUGGGAGAAAGCUCAGAUGAAGAAGAUUCAGAACCGGUAUGAAAAAGUGAAAGCUGCAAUUCUUGCUUGGGAAAAUAAGAAGAAGAUGCAAGUGAAAAUAAAGAUAGAGAGGAGAAAGAGAGAAAUGGAGCAAAGACGAGCAAGAGAUAUGCAACACUACCAAGUUAAGCAAGAAAGGAUUGACCAGAUAGCAGGAGGAGCAAGGGCACAAGUGGAACAGAAAAGAAGGAAUGAAGAGUCCAGAGUUAAAGAAAAGGUGAAAAGGAUUAGAGCAACAGGAAAAGUUCCUGUUACAUGCUUCUGCUUCACUUGUUAGUAGUCGGAAGAUGGAAACACAAGUACACAACAGUAAAUAUCGAUAACCUUGUUUUAAUUGUGAAUGAUGUAAUGGAAGGAGAAAAACUAUGUAAUAUAUCUGUAUAUCAAAUUAUAACUAUACAUUUGUGCAAACUCUAAAGUCUAAACAAAAAGUACUAUUAUCACAUCAUUAUAUGAACCCCUUGUGC